AUGGCGGAGGUGAGACCUUCGUCAAGACGGGGAAAUCGGGGACACAGUUAUGGUCCAAAUCCUGUAGUAGCCAGUGGAAUAGAUUCCAUGCAGAUGGAUUCUAUGGGAGGACAUUAUGAUUCAGAAAGUGGUACAGUAACAGGAAGACCCCAAUCAAGACCUGGAACAAGUCAAUCCAUUGAUAUGCGACUAGGAAACACACCUUCAGUGAGUCCAGAACUCACUAGAAAAAGACAAUCACGAACAAGGCCCAAAUCUGCAAAAGGAAGAACCAGAGCAGGUGGUGCUGGGUAUCAGACACAUUUACUAUCUCAACAAAUGUCACUACAAGAUGAUGAUGAUGAUACUGAGAGUGUGAUUGAACAAGUGUUAAGAACUACGCCAGUGAGGCCAAACUCAUCCCUGUCCAAAUUUAAACCACUACCAGCCAUUCCAAAAAGUGCUUCCAUGGAGUGCAAUACUCACGACGACAAUAUGAACAUUUCACAUUUUGACAACUCAACUUCAUCACAAUUUUAUGAGGAGCCAACAUCUGUUAACAAACACCAAUCUCUUCUACAACCCACCAAGGACUUAUCCGAUGAUGGAAAUCCAUCAGCACCACAGCGUGAUCAUGAUGACCCAAACAUAUCACGUAAUCAUGAUUUCCCCCCACAACUGAAUUCAAAUGUUAACAAAUCAUCACAUAAAAGAAUAUCACGAAAAGACUUUCGGCAACACCAAAAGGCCAGGCUUGCCAGAGUGAAACUGAACAUUCCAGUUCCAUGCGAACCAGGUAAAAAUGAACCAAGAAUACAGCUUGCCAUCAGACUCCCUGAAGGAGAGAGGUUGGUUAGGUUCUUCCAUCCCGAGAAUACAUUGAAAGAAGUACUAGCCUAUGCAGACUCGGAAAGUAGCGAAUCACUACUGGAUUGUGACAUGUUUAUUAAUUCGAUCCCAGAGAAGAUAUUCAUGGAUUUAUCCAAGUCUAUAAAAGAAUCUGGGCUGCAAGACAAGACUGUCAUCUAUCUAGAAGACAAAGAUUAUGAAUAA